GCAUACCUAGCCGGGAAGUGAUGAAUUUCAUUGCAUUGUAGAGUCGAUGAUGCGGCAUUCAUGGAGACAUUGAAUGUUGGAUCCUCAUUCAUGCAUCAUGAAGCCGCCGAUGGAGAGGAGGAAUAUGAGGAUGUAGAUGAGGAAGGAGAAGGGUUGAUUGAAACUCGCCCUCCCGGUCGGUCCGCCAACUACACCAUGGCGGAGGACCAGUUGCUUUGCAAGACGUGGUUGACAAUUGGAAUGGAUCCAACAAUCGGUACCGAUCAAACAAGAGAAACAUAUUGGAUGAGGAUGACGGACUACUUCAACACACACACAAGUGGGAACGAGCGAACCAUGCGCUCACUUCGGUCCCGUUGGUCCGGCAUCAACACCGAUUGCCAAAAAUGGGUGGGCGUGCAAGCCAACAUCGAUGUUCUCAAUCCAAGUGGCACUAAUGAGAAUGAUAGGAACUCCAUGGCUCAAGGAUUGUUUAGGGAUGUGGGAAAGAAGAACAAGAAAGGCAACAAGAUUCUUGGCAAGCCAUUCACCUUGCAUCAUUGCUAUGAAGUGCUAGGGAAUGAAGAGAAGUGGAAGACGCGCGGCAAGUUGGACGCGGCAACUAUGGCGGCCCAUGCUACCGGUGAUGCAACAAUCAUCGAUGAUGAUGAUUCAAGUGAUGAAGGGAAGAAGAGAAACUCCACUCCUCACUCCGUCAACAAUGGGCGGAGGAAUGUGCAUGGUAGGAAGACCGCCAAGGAAAUGAAGGGAAAGAAGGCUGGAGAUGAUGACAUUGCCAUGGCUAUGGAAAGGAUUGCAAAUGCAAGGUUGCAAGCAAAUGAAGAUAGAAAGAUGCAACGAAACUUGGAGAAAGAGUCUAUGGAUGCUAUUGAAGCUAGGAGAGCCGCUUUGGAGGAGAGGAUUGCCGCCAAUGAGGAGAAGAAGUUGGCUUUGGAGGAGAAGAGGCAAGCCUCCGAGGAGCAUGCACGCCUAACGGAGGAGGAGAGGAAGCUUUUCUUGAUGGAUACUUCCCAUAUGGAUGAGAGGCAAAAGGAGUACAUCAACCUUCUUCGCGAUGAAGUGUUGGCCAAAAAGAGAUUGUUGGAGAAGGCAAAAGAAAGGCUGUGA